GCCAUGGUGGAAGGAAUGGACAUAUUGUAAAGGUUUGAUGAUAAAUACCAACAAAAUGACUUGGGAAUCAGUGUAUGCUAUAGGUGUUGCAAAAAAUGACACUAAAUUUUUAGAAUACUUGGCUUGCACUGAAGAUGAUAAUAUGAUUAAAAACUAUUUAAGAUAUACAUUUAAUUUUAAAGAAGAAAAUCAAUAUCUUCUUAACAGUUUCUUAUCCAUUAUUACGAAGCAUGCAAAGAAUUCAACUAUUCUGUUGUUCAUAUUUAAUCAUUUUUGGGACACAAAACCAAAACAUGUUGAUAUAACUGCAGCAUUAAUUAUUAUUAUUAAUAACGUAUAUUCCGUAAAUCUUCUAACUAAGGAAAUAAACACACACGUUAAAUGGUUGAAGAUCUAUGCAAAGAUAUUAUUUGAUGAAAUAAAAGAAAUGGAUUCCAUAAUGCUGAAGUCUGACAAAGCUGAAAGCAAGAUAUCAAUUCGCAAAAAUCAAAUCGAAAGACAGAGACAGUAUCAUAGGUUUUUCUUUGUGUGAAAUUAAAAAAAUUGCAGCUUUGCAUGCAUGGAUAUACUUCAUAU